UCUGAUGCUCCCAUGCAGACACUUUCGGUAGUGGACAGGGGUCAGCGUGGCUGGUCUGAGGCUAUGCAGACAACAGACUGCGAUGCUCUGUGUGUCCUGACACCUUUCUAUCAGAUCCAGCAGUGACCUUUUCAGCAGUUUGACCUACAGUAGCUCAUCUGUUGGCUCGGACAACACGGACCAGCCGUCACUCCUUACAUGCAUCAGCGAGCCAUGGCUGAACACUGCGGACUGGUGUACUGGAACUUUCCCUUUAGUGAGUCUUCCGAAAUGUUUUCUUUAAGGAUACAUACAGGGUGCAACCAGCCUGCAGAGUGUAAGACAAAGAGCCAGAGGAGAAGCAGGUGACUCAUGUUUAUCAUGCAGCUUUCUUAGAACGGAAGAGAGUAGAAUCCAACUGCCCUUUGUUUCCUAUGAAGGACAGUCAGAAAAGAAACAAGAUAUUUUCCCAUGAGAACUGCUUUCACCUAUUGCUGCAACAUAGUAAACCUUUAAGCACCACACAGUGAAACAUAGACCUAUAAUAGUAAGGCAUACAAAACAGUAAACACAGGAAAACCUAAAAAUUCCAGCUGCAGUUUUGGAGAUGUUGUGACUCAGUUGUCCAGCCCUCACAGUCUCAAAUCCUCACCCUUACCCAUUUUUCCUGCUUCUAACACACCAGCUUUCAGAACAACAUGUUGAUUUGCUAAUAUACUGGGAUACAAACACAGAUAUUUGGACCAUUUGACAGGGACUCUGGUUUAUACUGUGAUUGCAGAUAAAAGUCAGCAUCAGUAACAUCCUGAUUUCAAUCUAAGCACACAUUAUGUUUUCUGUGAGGCUUUUUGCAGAAUUGUUUUCACGUGUCAUUAUCUUCACAUUUUCUAUGUAGUGCAGAAAAUAGCACGUGUGAGAAGCGAUAGAGAAGGAAAAAGAGGAAACAGAGGGGGAACCACCAGAUGUUUCUUAGAACAGAACUCACUGUGAACUGAAAUGUCUGGUACCUCAGCUGUAUAUAAAGGCAGCACAGAGCAGGUCUCCAUCACAGAUCAGCCCUGAACAUUGAAGGCUUUUCGUCCGACCCAAAGCUCGUCUGUCUCUGUCGGGGAAACAUGAGGACUCUGGUGACCAUCCUACUUCUGACUCUCGUCUGCUUCCUGAGUUACAGCUCUGCAGCUCCACUUGCACCAGGAAUAUCGAAUAGGAACGGAUGCUGUCUAAAGUCCACUCAGAUGCAUAUUCCUAAGGGAAAGAUAACGGACGUGGCGAUGACCCCGAGUGACUGUGAACAACAAGCAAUUGUAGUCACGACUGUGUGCAAUAAGAAGCUUUGCAUUGAUCCCAACUGGACCUGGGCGAAGAAUCUGUUGAAAGAAUUUGAGAUAUCAACUGCCAACAACUCGCCACCAUCUGCCCCCUUCAAUGUCGCACCGUGUACAUGGAAGGUUUAAAAAAGUGUGAGGGUGUUGUUCCUUUGAGUAUCACAACUACAUGUAGAUUAUGUUCUUUAUAAACAUGCCUGUCACUGUCUGUCAGCCCUGCAGCUGAUUAAUUAAGGAUGAUUAUACACAAAAAUAUCUUUGUAGGUUAAAGGUGCUGCUUUUAACUGACACCGUGACCUAAAUAAUAACUUCUAAAAUAUCAAAACACACCAGCGGCUUCUAAGAUCAGAAACUAUCAAGUGUUUAGUGUGCAUGACUGAGUCAACAUGAAGUGAUAUUUUAUACUCAAAUCUCUACAGCUGUGUCCUAAUUAAAUGUUUUUCAGUGAUUACAGGAGGAUAUUUGAAAUGUGUGUUUAUUAUUGCUACACAAAGUGCUGCCUGUUUCUGAAUUAAAGCUUUCAUUUUGUAUUAA